UGCAACUGGGGUUUUGUGCUUAUUCCCAUUUUCUUCAACUGGGUUCAAAGAACUGGCAAAAAAUUUGGCAAGUGGGAAAAAACUGCCAAUAAAAUAACCACCACCAGGGACAAAUUCCCUAACUGCCAUGUCCUCUUACUUUCAAUUCGAACUUGUUACCUUCCACAGUUCUUUUCAUCCUCUAUUCACUUCCUCUAUGAUUGAUCAAAAUGUUGUUUCCAUGUAUCAAACUACUUGUUAUCUCCAUUUUCACCGCCUCUGUUUUCCCUCCCUUUGCUCUGCUUACAAAACCUGAGAGUAGUGCACCAAUGCUCCCCAGUUUUGCUUUCAGUUGGUAUUACAAUAAUGAUAAGUUUGCGGCCGGGGACGUUGUGAGCAUUAAGGUUAAAGUGUUGGGAAGGUUUGAUAGCAGUAAAUUCAAGCACCCUUUUGAUCCUAACAUCACCAUCAACAACAGGGUGGGCAACAGUUCUUACAUAUCUGGAGUUUCCUCGUUUUUCGAUGAUGAUUUCAACACUUGGAGGAUUUCUUUCAUCCCCAUUAUGGCCGGAUCGUUCAAUGUGCUGAUUACUGAUGAAAAUUUUAAUGUACUGGAUUCCUCUCUGCACUUUCAUGUCAUCCCUGGGAAAAUGUAUCCGGGUGCUGGAAUUGUGUCUUGGAUGGGUGGAGUAAACGAGUUUGUGGCUGGAGAUAUUGCUACAAUUCUGAUACUCCCUAGAGAUGCUUUCGGGAAUAAUAUAUCUUCUGAGGCUGAAAAAACGAAUUUUGAUGAUUUCUCUGUUUCAUCAACUACUUUGAAUGGUUCUGUUGUUAGUACUCUUAACAUCAAAGACAAGGGAUGGACUAAUUUUGGCUACCUCAGGUUUGAAUUUGUUGUGGCAACUUCUGGAAACCUCUUGCUUCAGGUUCAAGUGCAAAACCAAUCCUUGAUUGGCGUACCCAUGCCCUUCAGGGUGAUCCCAGGGGCCUUGGAUGUUGCCAAUUGUUCAGUGAGCUGGCAUUCUGAAACAAAAUCCUUCCAACUGUUUUCGAUGAUGGAAGGUUUUAUACACCAGCAUGAUCAAUAUGGAAAUCUUGUUCCCGGAAUCUAUGAAUUUGAUGUUGAAGUUGUUGAGAAAGGGACAAAUUUGUCAAUGCCGGUGUCGGAUUUGGUUUUUGAGGAGGUUUCACAUGGUAUUCAGUUGUUCACUUUCAGUCUCAUGGAGCCAGGAAACUUCACUCUCUUGAUCCUUGAUAAACAGCAGAAUAUUUUGAUCUCCAAUGUGCCAUACGACUUCAACGUCUACAUAGGUUAUUGCCAUGGAAUCAACAGUGUAGUUAAUGGUUCGGGUCUAAACAACUCUGUCGCGGGUGAAGUAGCGAGCUUUGCUGUGUUUUUAAGAGAUGCUUAUCAGUACCCUUCUCCUGUUGAACUAGAGAGAUUGCAAGUGAAAAUUUGGCAUGAAAUGACUUUGCAACAGUUACAGGCUACUGUAAGUCCUCAGAAAGCUGUGAAUGGGACUUAUCAUGAUGGGAUAUUUCUUACAUCAACUCCUCCUCCAAUUGUUCAUGCAAAGAAUAAGAGUAACGAGAAUGCAGGAUUUAGGACUAGUGCCUUUGAGGUCACUUUUGUACCUGAAAAGAGCGGAAUACAUGAAAUCACUAUCUUUUGUGGAAACAUUGCAUUAAAUGAUGGGCAUCCAUUCAGAAUGGAAAGUAGGGCUGGUAAGGUUAAUUUAUCCCUCUCAGGGAUAGCAAAUAUUACUCAGAAAGUGGCAAAGCUGACAAAGAAUGAGCUACUAGUGCACCUCAUGGAUUCUCAUUAUAACCCAAUUAUGGCGCAGCAGUCAAAGUUGAAACUUGAGAUGGCUUCACUUAAUAGAUCAGGUUUUCGGACAACAAUGUUUGUUGAUAACAAUGAUGGAUCAUACUCUUGUAGCUACUUGGCAAAGGAUGUUGGUACUUUUGAGAUAUGUGCUUCAUUCGAUGGAAAACAUUUCAUGCCUUGUCCUAUUGGCGUAAAUGUUUAUACAAGAGAGUAUUUUCCUCAAGUUUUCAAUGAUACUGUCACAGUCUGGGAGGAUGAGUCAACUGCAUUUGAUGCUCUAGAAAAUGAUUAUUUUGCAGGUGGCAAUGCAACUGUUUUAGAAUAUUCAGCGCCACACUAUGGUUCACUUCUACAGUAUGGACGGCUAUUCAGAUACACGCCUUAUAAAGGAUUUUAUGGAAAUGAUUCUUUCCUGUAUACCAUAUCCGAUUUAAAUGGCAACCAUGCUUCUGGUUUGGUAAAUAUAGCUAUCCUCAGUGUUCCACCUCAGCUCUCUCUCUUCCCUAGUCAAUUGCAAGGAACUGAAGAUCUUGUUAGCCCGAGAUAUGGUGGUUUCUCUGGGUUUGAGUUGGCAUACUCAGAUUUGACUGAGAACAUCACUGUUAUUCUAAAUGCAAAACAUGGAACUGUCUUCCUAUCUCCCUUGAUUAUGCAGUUUUGGCAGUCACCAGGGUGUGAACUAAUUGUAAGCCGAGAAAAUCAGGACUCUGGGGAGUUGAGUAUACAUGGUUGUUUGGAAGUAAUCAAUUCUGCCCUUCAAGCAAUCCAAUACUCUGGGACUGAGAAUUUUUACGGGGAGGAUUCCAUUGAAAUCUCUACUAUGAACAGAAAUGGGAUGAACAAUGUCAAAGUUCCUAUCUUUGUGGAUCCCAUCAAUGAUCCGCCAUUUGUAAGCGCUCCACCCUUUAUUUUCCUUCAGGAUUCAGGCGAUGAUCAAGUACUUAUUUAUGACCGAAAGAGAGACAAAUUUGAUUUUGUCGUUGGUGAUCCUGAUCUUCUAAAUUAUCCUGGUAAUAGGUCUCACUUUCUGGUGAUGUUCUCUUUGGAAGUUAGUUCUGGUUACAUAUCAACAAGCCUUCCAGUUGAUCUUAUUAGUACAACUGAACUGAAGUUUAAGACAAGUUACCAGUGGCAGCCACUAGUAACAUUUGUCACCAUCUCCAAACAUUUCCUGGUAAAAGCGAAAGGAAUCAGAUUCCGGGGGACUAUUGACGAAUGCAACAGCAUAAUGGAACAACUCAUGUAUAGUGGUGACAAACAUGGUGAUGUCUUGACUGUGAAAGUAAAUGAUAUGGGGAGCUAUGGCUGUUAUCCAAACUGCGACCAGAUGACGUCAAUGCCUCUCUUUGCUGAGGCGACUAUAAAUCUAAUCAGACGGCAACCCAUGAGUUCGUUGCUAGCCCAUACUCUUGGAUCAGCGGUUGUGGUUGAGUUCAUUGCGCUACUGUUUCUUGGCGUGGUACUUGUAUACUUCACCUGCAGAUGCGCUGUUGUGCUCAUGCGUGAAAAGAGGAAGAACGAAAUACAGAACAUUGAGCUCACUCAAGUUGGAACAUCGGAUAAACAAGCUCAUAAUCUCUUGGAUUCAAGUGAAGGGUUAUCCUGGAUCACGGCACCCUUCAAUGACUGUUGUUCCACUCGUUUCUUUAGUGGCCGCGGCCAGGCACUUUCUCCAGGGUCACAUAGUCCAACUAGAACCAGGGAAAGUAGCGAGCAGAAUAUGCAACGUCCUUCACUGCAGCUGCAGCAGCUUUCAAGUGAUGAUGAGUUUGUAGUUAGUGCUUCAUCAGAGGAUGCAACAGCUUAA